GUCAAAGUAUCUUUUCGUAUAAUGUUAAUUAUUAACGUUAUCACGAUAUUCAGCCUUAUUUUCUGAACAUUAAGAUUUUAAAUAGCAAUUUCGAAGUACGUGGGGUAUCUGAAAUAGAUAAGUUUAUGUAAAUGUUUUUUUUAUAAAUUGCGAGUGAUAAGCAUUAUCAUAUUCUAUCAGUUUGGCAGUGCCUUUUCUUUGAGAAUAUUUACAAUAGUUGUUAAAAGAAUAAAUCAUGUUUUUUCUAAAAGGAAGUAGAAUAAUUACCAUCAAAAUGCGCCCAACAAAUAAGCUUUUUGAAGCGAUGGCAGCGUAUUCAUCCAAAGUUUCCCUGAACGAUGUGGUCAUCGCGUCGGCGGUGAGGACUCCCAUGGGCUCCUUCAGGGGUAGUUUGGCGAGUCUCUCAGCUUCGGAACUUGGCGCUGUUGCGGUCAAAGCAGCAGUGGAAAGAGCUGGAGUUCCCAAUGAAGAAAUUAAAGAGGUCUAUAUGGGUAAUGUCUGCUCAGCUAGCAUGGGUCAGGCACCUGCAAGGCAAGCGGUAAUUUUUGCUGGCCUUCCUAAAAGUACUAUUUGCACAACAGUAAACAAAGUAUGUGCAUCUGGUAUGAAAUCCAUCAUGUUGGCCACACAGGGCUUACAAAUUGGUUCUCAAGAUGUAAUACUAGCCGGAGGAAUGGAAUCUAUGUCAAAUGUACCUUACUAUUUGAAGAGAGGCGAAACCCCAUAUGGAGGCAUACAAUUAAUUGAUGGUAUUGUGUUUGAUGGUCUGACUGACGUAUAUAACAAAUUCCAUAUGGGUAACUGCGCUGAAAACACAGCAAAGAAACUUAAUAUUAGUAGGCAACAGCAGGAUGACUAUGCCAUUUCUAGUUACAAGAGGAGUGCUGCAGCAUAUGAAGCUAAAGCUUUUGCUGAUGAACUUGUAUCAGUCCCUGUACCUCAGAAGAGAGGUGCCCCUCCAGUACUAUUUGCCGAAGAUGAGGAGUACAAAAAGAUUAACUUUGAAAAGUUUACUAAAUUGUCGACAGUAUUCCAAAGGGAAAAUGGUACGGUGACAGCUGGUAAUGCAUCAACAUUGAAUGAUGGAGCUGCUGCCAUGGUGCUGAUGACUGCUGAAGCUGCACAGCGACUGAAUAUUAAACCCAUUGCCCGUGUUGUUGGCUAUGCCGAUGGAGAGUGUGACCCAAUUGAUUUCCCAAUUGCACCAGCUGUUGCAAUUCCUAAGCUCUUAGAAAAGACUGGUGUCAAAAAGGAUGAUGUAGCUAUGUGGGAGAUCAAUGAAGCCUUCAGUGUUGUUGCUGUUGCCAACCAAAAGCUGUUGGAACUUGACCCUGCCAAGGUCAACAUUCAUGGAGGAGCUGUGAGUCUAGGACAUCCUAUUGGCAUGUCUGGAGCCAGAAUAGUAGUGCACUUGUGCCAUGCUCUAAAGAAGGGUGAAAAGGGUGUAGCCUCUAUCUGUAACGGUGGUGGUGGUGCCUCAUCUAUCAUGAUUGAGAAAUUGUAAGUUUCAACAUGUUCUGACCACCUUGUUUUGUUAUCUACUGUGCCUUUUAGGAAUUAUUUGCUAUUAAUGAAUGGUUUGUCUGUUUGCUAGCUAGCUUUAAAAGUUAAAUAUUUAUAUUGUUGAUAAUUAUAAUAUGUAAUUUUUAUAUCCAUAUCUUUUGUAAAUAAGCUAUAUGGAAAAGUGUUAAGAUUGUAUUCUAUUGCAUAAAUGAUUGAAUAAUCAAUAAAAUAUUUUUUUAUAAAUUAUUUUUAUUA